GCAGUAAUACUAUAUAAUACAAGGGAUUGAUUGAAAUGGAGGCGUUGGCGUUUGAGGCCCGCAACCUCACGCGCGUGUCGUCCUUCGCGACUGUUGCUCAACUUCCCAAGCACUUGUGUUAUUCAUUCCUCACUUUCCCCACUCUUCACAAGCAGCGCUUUUCGUUCUCAGUCAUGGCUUCCGUUAACAAAAAGGUUUUGGUGCCGAUUGCUAAUGGGACCGAGCCAGUGGAGGCGGUGGUGCCAAUAGAUGUGUUGAGGAGAGCUGGCGCGGAGGUUACGGUAGCUUCGGUGGAGAAGAAGCUGCAAAUUGAGGCUUGCCGCGGAGUUAAAAUCGUUGCCGAUGCCUUGAUUUCUGACUGCGCGGAUAACGUCUUCGACCUCAUUUCUCUUCCGGGAGGAAUGCCUGGUGCAACAACGCUUAAAGAUAAUAAAACUUUGGAAAGCAUAGUGAAAAAGCAGGCUUCAGAAGGCCGAUUAUAUGCUGCAGUAUGUGCAUCUCCUGCUGUUGCACUUGGCUCAUGGGGCCUAUUGAAGGGGAAGAAGGCAACUUGUUAUCCAUCAUUCAGGGAGCAGUUAUCUGCCGCUGCUGCGAUUGUUAGCGACUCAAUAGUUGAGCAGGAUGGCAAUGUUGUGACGACUCAAGGACCUGGAACAGCCAUGGAGUAUGCCGUUGCACUAGUUGAACAAUUAUUUGGGAAGGAAAAAGCUAAAGAAGUUUCUGGGCCAUUGGUUAUGCGCACCAUUCACGGGGCUGAAUUCGUGUUUGCUGAAUUUAAUCGAGUCAAUUGGACAUGUGAUGGCUCCCCUAAGAUUCUUGUACCUAUUGCUAAUGGCACUGAGGAAAUGGAAGCUCUCAUUAUUAUUGAUGUACUCCGAUGGACAAAUGCUGAAGUUCUGGUGGCAUCUGUUGAGGAUAAACUAGAAGUUGUGGCUUCUAGAAAAGUGAAACUCGUUGCAGAUGUGCUCCUUGAUGAUGUUGUUAAUGGCUCAUAUGAUGUUAUUGUGUUGCCGGGAGGACUUGGUGGCGCGCAAGCCUUUGCGAAAUCAGGAAACUUGGUUAAUUUGCUGAAGAAGCAGCGUGAAUCUAAUAGACCUUAUGGAGCAUUCUGUGCUUCCCCUGCUUUAGUCUUGGAACCACAUGGCUUGCUCAAGGGUAAAAAGGCUACUGCGUUCCCUGCACUGUGCGACAAACUGACUGAUCCAAGCGAGGCAGAGAACAGGGUGGUUGUGGAUGGCCAUCUCAUCACUAGUAGAGCGCCAGGAACCUCACUGGAGUUCGCUUUUGCUAUUACAGAGAAGCUCUUUGGGCGCGAGAAGGCUCUAGAACUUGCAAAGUUCUUGGUUUUUGUUCGUUAGUGGGCUUGGAACCGGAUUCCCUCUGACCUUUCUCGUCCCCUUCCCCAAAGAAAUCCGAUGAUGAACUAAUCGACCUUGUGUAUGUAGACGUGUAUGAUAUAGAAUAAAUUUUGGAGCUUGGGUGUUCUGAGAUUUUCAGUUUUCGUAUCUUUUGGCUUUUACGUUGUCUUUGCAAUGGGAUGGCUUAUAUUGGUUAUCAGAGGUCAAAACAUUUGCACUAGUUUUUAAAGUUCCAAGAUUACAACGCGCUUAAGCAGUCAGUCAAACGAGCUGGUUGCAUUUGUCA